AUGCAUGCACUGUCAACCCCGAAGGGGAUUGUUGUGUUUUCCGGUGGAAGUGCAACUAAUAACCUCGUUGAUGUUUUCAGCACGGUUCGCAGCAGCAAGGAGUGUCCCUUGAGCUAUAUAAUCCCGAUCAGUGACAACGGUGGCUCUUCUUCUGAGUUGAUCCGAGUGUUUGGCGGGCCCGGAAUAGGUGAUGUGCGGAGUAGACUUGUCCGCCUGAUCCCUGAUAGCCCUCCUCAUUCUGAACGAGCUGCAAUUAAAACGCUGUUCAACCAUCGACUGUCCCCGUCAGCGGAAACUGCCCAUGCUGAAUGGUAUGCCAUUGUGGAGGGGACAUCUCCGUUAUGGCAGGCCAUAUCUCCUGCGAAAAAGGAAUUAAUCCGCUCCUUUUUUAACCUUCUCAAUCUGGAAAUUCUCAAGCGUGCAAGGUCUCCAUCUUCAACCUUUGACUUCAGCUCCGCCAGUGUUGGCAAUCUGUUUCUUACCGGGGCACGCCUUUUUAGCGGAAGCCUUGAGAGUGCCAUUUACCUCCUGGGUAGUAUCUGCUCAGUCCCCACGGACGAUGUUCGGGUUAUACCAGCAAUAAACUCCAAUUUUUCUCACCACAUAUCCGCCUCCCUGGCUGAUGGCACAGCCAUCGUCGGCCAAAACAGCAUCUCACAUCCAAGCGAGGCAACAUCCAUUCAACCUAUGCCAUUACUGAGGCGACCUAGCCUUCUCCUUGCUGAUGGUGAUGACGCUUGCUCUGAUUCUGAUGACAUCCCAUACGACGAAAGCCACUUGCCAGGCUCCCUCCCGACACUGCGUAACAAAAACAUAACAUUCAGCAAAACCGCCACAGAGGAUCUUCCCUCCCGCAUUUCCCGCCUGUGGUACAUAAAUCCUUAUGGGCAAAAGAUCCGACCCCCUUGUAACCCCCGAGUUCUUGACGCAUUAUAUUCAUCCCAGGCGAUAAUAUACAGCAUCGGAUCACUCUACACCUCUAUUAUACCCUCUAUAAUACUCAAGGGAGUGGGAAAGGCUAUCUCCAACAGCGGAGCUCGCCAGAAGAUCCUCAUCCUAAACGGGUCUCUAGAUCGCGAAACAGGACCGGCAACGAAACCGUACACAGCGAUAGAUUUUGUCGAAGCGAUCGUUCGUGCAGGUGAAGAGAGUCGUGGCCGUCAACAUCAUGAUUUGAUGGCUUUGAACGAGAAUAUAAGGGGUGCAGAGUCAGAUGGGUGUCAUCUAUCUGUUUCUCUCCCGUAUACAUCAUACGUCACUCAUCUCUUGCAUCUUGAUGGGCCUGGUACACCCCUUGUUGAUCGUGAGCGUCUGGCUAGGAUGGGAAUUGAGUGUGUACGGUUGUACGGCCGGAAAGUGGAGAACGAAUCGGGUGGAGUUGUUGGAAUGCGCUACGAUGCAGCGGCGCUCACGCAGGCGUUGGAAGUCGUACUGGGAAAGAAAGGUGAUGCUAUAGUCAGAGGAGGUCUAGGGGCAGCAAGAAGUAGGCGUAAUACAUUGGAACCAUCAGGUGGAGGUAGUAAUUUGGAGGGUAAGGGUUAG